AUUCAGAAAUCUCUUUCUUCCAAAGCAAAGCAAAACUCUGACUUCGGAAGAUUUAACCUACGUUUGUCGAUCUCAAAGCAAAAACCUAAUCAUCAUCAUGUCUUUGUCUCCAAGAACAACCGUUUUUUUGGUUUUGUGUUUUCUGUUCGUGCUCGCUCCAUACCUCACUAGAGCAACAACCGAUGAACUUCAAGCUAGAUGCGACUCACAUAGCUUUAACAACGGCAAAAACUUCCGUUCAUGCGUUGACCUUCCCGUGUUAGAUUCUUUUCUACACUUCAGUUACGUUCGAGAAACCGGAGUGCUUGAAGUUGCGUAUCGUCACAUCAACGUUGAAUCUUCUAGUUGGAUCGCUUGGGGGAUAAACCCGACAAGCAAAGGCAUGUCAGGUUCUCAAACUCUCUUGGCUUACCGUAAUUCCACGUCUGGUGUUAUGCGUGUCUAUACUUCCUCAAUCAAAGGCUACUCACCUACUCUUCAAGAAGGUCCUCUCAGCUUUCGUGUAUUGCAACUAUCUGGUGAAUAUCGCAAUGGAGAGAUGACUAUAUUUGCUACUAUAGUGUUGCCUUCUAACAUAACCGUCGUGAAUCAUUUAUGGCAAGACGGUCCCUUGAAGGAAGGUGAUAGACUUGGGAUGCACGCCAUGAGUGGAGAUCAUCUUAAAUCCACGGCUACUUUGGAUUUGCUGUCCGGACAAGUCAUGGCCUCGAAAGCAGCUAACGAUAACAUGUUACUAGUCAAAACAAUUCAUGGACUAGUGAACGCGGUGUGUUGGGGUAUUUUCAUGCCUAUUGGUGUCAUAGCUGCAAGGUACAUGAGGACUUACAAAGGACUGGAUCCCAUGUGGUUCUACAUACACAUCAUUUUCCAAACCACCGGUUAUUUCGGUGGUUUAUUGGGAGGACUAGGAACUGCAAUCUACAUAGCUAAACACACGGGAAUGAGAUCUACAACGCAUACCGUGAUAGGGAUCGUUUUGUUCGCUCUAGGUUUUCUACAGAUACUUGCCCUCAAAGCAAGACCGGACAAGGAGCAUAAGUAUAGAAAAUAUUGGAAUUGGUACCAUCACACUACGGGAUAUGUAGUGAUUAUACUAAGCGUCUACAACAUCUACAAAGGCUUAGCCAUCUUGCAACCCGGAAGCUCAUGGAAGAUUGCUUACACUACCAUCAUCGGAGUCAUUGGAAUGUUCGCGAUCGUAAUGGAGAUUAUCCAAUUUAAAAAUAGAUGGGGCAGCUUGUGCUGCAAGGAAUCUGAAGACCUAAAAGCUGAUCAAACUGUUUCUACUAAUGUGUAGUCUUCGUGUGUUCGUUUGUCUUCUCUUUUCUUCUAUCUCCUUAAUGUUCCUUUUCGCUAAUAAUAGUUUGUCAUUCUUUGGUAUAAUGUUCCCCUUUUUUAUCUGUAGAAGAUUUAGUUUUGAAUGAAAGUUCCUUUAUCGA